AUGGUAAAUCAGCAAACGCGGCCUAAAUGGAUAGAGCACCUGAAGUCCUGUAAAGUAAACUGCUACCUCUCCGACAUUUCUCGUUUCUUCUCUGCAAGGAGUCUGACACUCUCCCUCACUAAAUCCACAGCGACCAUAUUCAUAAACUGGACGAAGGAGUACAGGCUAGAUCUGAACAUUUCAGUCGAUGGCACAAAAAUUCCGAAAGUCAAUAACCCUAAAACUUUAGGGGUUACAUUUAACAGUCUGUGCUCCUUCACUCCUCAUACGACCGCGAUAACUGCCAAAGUACAGAGCCACAACAAAGAAACGUUGUUGGCAAUAUACAAGGCAAUCGGCCGGCCGGUCCUAAACUAUGCAUCACCAAUAUGGUCGCCUAGAUGUAGUGCAACGCAGACGAAGAAGCUUCAGACUUGUCAGAACACUGCACUCCGGACUAUCACGGAGUGCCUCUUGGUGUCCCCAAUAGAACACCUGUACAGUGAGGCCCUUAUGCUUCCGGUUAAGGAACAUAACGAGCUCCUAUCCAAGCAGUUUCCGCUGGGGUGUUUUCAAUACCCCGGCAAGCCUUGCUGUGGCUAA